CAGCCUGCAAAACAGAUAUACAUUAUAUUUCAUACUGUUCAUGUAUAUAAAGCUUGCAAGUGUCAAUUUAGACAAAUUGUCAAAAUUUACUCGCAUUGUAGAAUCUUUGUUUACUAAUGGAUGGUUUACUUCGAUACCUAUUAUUUACGAAUUUAUCUGAAAAAAGAUCACAUGAUUAAUUUAUAUGCAGUAGUUAAGAUCACUUCGUAGUGACGAUUUACAAUUAUUUUUAAUAUAAUUAAGUGAUGGGAUCGCUAACAAGUCGACAGAAUGCUGGCGUAGAGGAAGUUGAUAUCGUUUCAAAUCAUGCAUACAAAUAUCCUCCUCGUUCUGGAAGCUACUUUGGUAGCCAUUUCAUUAUGGGUGGCGAAAGAUUUGAUACACCUCAACCAGAAGCAUAUCUUUUUGGAGAAAAUGCUGAUUUGAAUUUUCUAGGAAGCCGACCUACACCUUUUCCUUAUCCUCCGCCACAAGCAAAUGAUCCCACUAAAACAUUAAAAAGUUUAGUGAAUAUAAGAAGGGAAUCAUUGAGAUUAGUUCGUAAUGUUAAUCAAACUUCAGCUUCACCACAGUGUCAUAGUUUAAAACAUUAUGGUGACGGUGAUACUGAUAAAAAACCAAAUCGUUACAAUAUUGAAUUCACAUUUGACUGCGAUGUCAGAUGUGCAAUUACGCUAUAUUAUUUUUGCACUGAAGAGGUCACAACAAAGGGAGUUACUUACAUACCAAGAGAUCCUUCAAUGACUUCUGAAACAUACUAUUAUAAGAAAGGUGCAAAUCAAUUAUUUUCAAAAACAUCACAUAUGUUUGAUCCAUUAGCAUACAGUGAAGAGGAUUUGUUGUAUAAUGCUGAUAGGGAAAUAAUACCAAUAGCGAUCCAUUGUGUGGCAGAAGAAGGUUCAGAUGAACCAAAACAAUCUCACACAACAAUCGCAGUAGUUGAAAAACAUUCGGAUGGAACAUAUGUUUUAAAGGCACUUAAGCAAAAACUUUAUGUUGAUGGUCUUUGUUAUUUGCUUCAAGAAAUAUAUGGUAUUGAGAAUAAAAAUGCUGAAAAUGCUAAGCAACAAGGUACUGACGAAGAUACGGAUGAUAACGGAUCGGAAUGUGUUAUUUGUAUGUGCGAUGUGCGAGAUACAUUAAUAUUACCAUGUAGACAUCUAUGUUUAUGCAAUGGGUGCGCUGAUUCUCUUCGAUAUCAAGCUAACAAUUGUCCAAUAUGUCGUGCUCCUUUUAGAGCCCUUCUUCAAAUUAAAGCUCUACAGAAGGCAACUGGAGCUAUCAUAUCAAAUCCUCCAUUACCAGAGGGAAGUUGUGAAAAUAUUCCAUCCGGAUAUGAAGCUGUAUCAUUGAUAGAAGCUUUGAAUGGGCCAUACAUUCCAAGAACUGCUGUCCUUGCUCCAGAAUCUCCAGAUAAACCUGACACAGAUACAGCUAGUGCAAUUCAAGCAGCUGAAGCAUUGAAUAGAUCCGUUGAACGUACCCCAGUUUUGAAACAUGCAUCCUCAAAAGAAGUUGACACAUCUGCUAGGUCAAGUGGUACUGCAUGUCCUACUCCAGAAUUUCGAAUGUCAGUUUUAUUAGCUAGAGACGAACAUUCAGGAUCUCAGAAAGAUCUUCAUACUCGAUCUCCAGCAACGAGAGUAAAAUCUUCUGGUCAUAUACGUGAAAAGUCUUUAAGAUCCCAAGAUACUCUUAGACUUGUUAAUGAGAAACAACCCGUUUCUCUUUAUGAGGGACAAGGGCAAGAUGAAGAUAGCGAAGCAGAAAAAUUGUCUCCUUUGCUAGAUGCAGCAACUAGUACGGAAGCACUUGAUACUCAUAGUCAUAGAAUCUGUGACAUAGAUAUUGAUGACGAGAUUCAAAAUACGGAAAAUGACAAUGACACUGAUAUUACAUGCCAUUCUCAUUAAAAAAAAAAUAUUAAAAUUGUAUAAACAUUCAAUCACAUUUGCUUUAAAAUGUAUAUUUAAUUCAAUUCUUUUUGUAAUAUAUAAUUGCUUAUGUUUCCUUAAAAUUAUAAUUUUAAAUUGUAAAUAAUACAUUAUUACUUAUAAAGUGGAUAAGAUUGGAACUUAUUUUUUUUUAAUGCAAACAAGUAAUAAAAAUUAAUAUUUAUUAUAUUAAGCAUAGAAUUAUUGUUUUCUACACACAUUUUUUUUCAAUCUCAAACUUCACGAUGUUUAUGUUAAAUAAGUCAAAAUAUGAGAAUUUAAUCCAGCUUGAAGUGGAGCUGCUCCAAAAAUCUUGACAAGUCCUUAUGUUCUUUAGUCAUUUGUAGAGUGCUCUAAUUAAUUUUUUAUAUCUCUGAAAGUCAAGAAAACUCCAGAAAUGGAAUAUAAACUAAAUAAAUUUUAAUUAUUUAAAUAACUAUUAUUUUUUAUAUUUGAUUCUAAAUUUUACCAACUCGUUAAAACUUCAAUAAAAUGUAUUACUUAUAUUAGGAAACAUAUCAUAAAAAAAACUUUAAUAAUCUCUUAUAUAAUUAAAAAUUUGAAGAUAUUUAGAAUAAUUUAAGAAAAUGAACACUUAGCUCCUUACUAUACAUCUAACUUAAACUUUUUAUCUAAUGAUAAGCUGUAAUAUCUACAGAAAAAUUUUUAAACGUUAUCAUAAAAUAAUUGUAAGAAUCAACAAAAAUAAUACAAUGUGAAGGUAUAAGA